AUGAGGUGUGCUUCUCAGCUCCUGGGACUGCUUGUGUUCUGGAUCUCUGGAGCAAGUGGGGAUAAUGUGAAGACCCAGCCUGCACUCUCCAAUCCUGCCACUCUUGGAGAGUCAGCUUCCAUCUCCUGCAGGUCUAGUAAGAGUCUCCUAUAUAGCAAUGGCAAAACUUACUUGAGUUGGUACCUGCAGAGACCAGGCCAGUCUCCUCAGCUCCUGAUCUAUUGGAUGUCUACUCUUGCCUCAGGAGUCCCAAACAGGUUCAGUGGCAGUGGGUCAGGAACAGACUUCACUCUAAAGAUCAGUAGAGUGGAGCCUGAGGAUGUGGGUGUUUAUUACUGUCAGCAAGCUCUAGAGUAUCCUCCCACAGUGACACAGCCUUAUACAAAAACCUCCCUGCUUAAAGAGAUGAAGCUGUCUCAUAAGUUCCUUGUUUUGGGUGCCAGAUGUGACAUCCAGAUGACCCAGUCUCCAUCCUCCCUGUCUGCAUCUCUAGGAGACAGAGUCACUAUCACUUGUCGGUCCAGUCAGGGCAUUAGCAAUUAUUUAAACUGGUACCAGCAGAAACCAGGGAAAGCUCCUAAACUCCUGAUUUAUUACACAAAUAGAUUGGCAGAUGGAGUCCCAUCCAGGUUCAGUGGCAGUGGGUCUGGGGCAGAUUAUUCUCUCACCAUCAGCAGCCUGGAGUCUGAAGACUUUGCAACUUAUUACUGUCUGCAAGGUUAUGGUACUCCUUCCACAGUGAUACAAGUCAUAACAUAA